AUGGAGAACACAACCUCUGGUGCUGUGGCGAGCAGCCACCCCGAGCACCGCCGGGAGACGGCGCGGUUCUGGCGGGAGAACCGCGCGGAGGCGGCGCUGCGAGAGCGGUUCCUGGUGUCGGUGGAGGACUACGGGAGGUUCGCGGCUGCGCUGGCGCAGGCCCUGGGCGCCUACGAGGAGCGAGAGGAGGAGCGUAUCCGCCAGAUGGCGGCCCGCAUCCGGGAAGCGGAGCGCAGGCAGCGGGAGACCGUGCAGGCCGCCCUCGAGCCUCACGCAGAGCCAGAACUUUGUGCAGGAUCUUCUGUCUGCAGCUCCACCACAGCACCCACAAGGGAUUCCUCUCAUAAUGCUGAGCAGCCUGGCCCAAGCAGCCUGCAGACAGGACCUGAUUUAAAUUGGAUGGAAUCAGGCCAGGCUUUGACCUUCAUUGGCCACCAGGAAACAGAAGGGAAAGGAAAUGUUCACACAGGUGCAAAACCUCCCUGGCUGACAGAGGAAGAUGAAGGGGAUGGGAGUGAACAACAAAUUGGACCUUCAUAUGAGGAAUUUCUAAGGCAAAAGGAUAAGCAGAAAUUGAAAAAGCUCCCAGCAGACCGUGUUGGUGCCAAUUUUGACCAUACCUCUCAGACCAGUGACAGCUGGCUUCCUUCCUUUGGACGGGUUUGGAAUCAUGGCAGGAGGUGGCAGUCCAGGCAUCAGUUUAGAGCUGAAUCAGGGGAAAAGAAGAAGAAAAGGUGACAAGAAGAGGACCACAGAAGAAACCAAGCUCUGACCUUUGUGGAAAAGUAGACUAGUUAGCUAUAGCUUUGCCAGUGCCAUUUUUGACAUAUAUCUAGAUGCCUUCAGUCCCCUGGAAGGUGGCAUGACUACAGACUAACGCUACAAACUGAGCACUGUUGCUGAAAGCUACUUUGCAAGGGGCUGUUGCAGCAGAUCCACUCCCCCUGUAAAGGACAUAUUGUGUAUCCUGAUACUGAUUUCUGAAGUCAUAGACUACACAAAGACAGCUAUGCCAUGUCUUCAUAAUCAGAAAGCUCAGUUUACACAGUGCACACUGCACGUAGCUUGAUAUCUCUUUAAAUAAACUAAGCUUUUGAGAAGGUUUUUUUCUAAAUCCUGUUGGACAAACUGAAAUUCAUUUCGGAUACAGGGCUCUUUCUCAUAUCAACUGCUGUCCUAUGCCUUUUGUUUUCAUUUAACUUCAUUUAACACUUUAUAGCAUUCAGAGAAAGGAAAAAUCCAGUUCUGCCUCAUGUCAAGGGCAACUGUA